UCUGGACACAUUAGUGAGACACUUCCAGACCCAGAUUCUGUCGUGGCGGAUCUCCCGAAAGAUAGACCACUGCGGGUAUUUGCUGAGUACGAGUAUGUUAGGGACUACCUUACCGACAGCCGUUUUGUAGUAACAGAUGUGGCGGAAGAGGCUGACAUUCUUUGGCUUGUCACACACUUCAAAGAUUACAAAGGUCUUCGGGAAAAACCACACCGUCGAGUAAACCAGUUCCCCUGUGAGCACUUGAUAACUGUAAAGGACCUCCUGGCCAUUGUGUGCAGAAGGGCUGCAGACCAAGAAAAGUGUGAUGAGAAGGAAACAAGUGGACCCUCUUGGCUGCCUGUAACUUAUUGUUUAAAAAGGGAGAUAGUGAAGUUUGUUUCGCUUUUUCAAAGGAGAGAAAAGAGGGGAGAGGACAACCACUGGAUUAUUAAACCCUGGAACCUAGCACGAGGCCUGGACCACACCAUCACCAAUAAUAUAAACCACAUUGUUCGGUUGCCUGCCACUGGCCCAAAGAUUGCUCAGAAGUACAUAUCAAACCCUGUCCUGUUCCACAGAGAUGACAUCAACUGUGAUGUCAAGUUUGAUGUCCGUUACAUUGUGAUGCUGCUGAAUGUGAAACCGCUAAAGGUUGCUGUGUACAAACGCUUCUGGAUUAGAUUUGCCAACAAGCAGUUUGAAUUGAAUGAGUUGGAUGAUACUCAAAAGCAUUUUACAGUUAACAAUUAUAAUGAUGCAUAUCUUCUGCAGAUGUACUGUCACGACUUCAUCGCUAAAUUUAAUGCCCAGAAUCCUGAACAUCCAUGGAAAAUUACAGAGAAAAAAUUGUUUGACAUAUUUCUUCAGGUUUUCAAGGCAGCCACCUCUCAAGAUGCUCCUGGCGGCAUCCCACAGAAUGCUCAGUGCAAAGGCUUCUAUGGGUUUGACAUCAUGCUGGAGUGGGUGGAGAAGGAUGGUCAGAAAACCAUGCAGCCACUGAUUCUGGAAGUCAAUUUCAACUCAGAUUGCAAAAGGGCUUGUGAAUAUUAUCCUGAAUUCUUCAAUGAUGUUUUUAGCGUCAUGUUUUGUGAUGAAACAGAUGGUCAUAAUGUUGCAGUUCUUCAGUAAACUGCAGACUACCAUUGUAUGCCUUGCCAUACUCUGUGAUAUGUACUAGGUUCUCUCUGCAUAAGUUGAAAUUGUCUUUGUAAACACAAAAGCUGUAAUUCUUUGAACAUCAUGUAUGGUAUUAGCAUGACUUUUUUUGUUUGUGUUUAGUGGUGGUCUUGAAAGUAUUAAACAGACUCCUCUUCAUGUUUUUUAGGAUAAUUAAUCCUGACAUUUUGAAAUAUUUUGGUGGAUAUUGCAUGUCAAUUUGCCUUGCUGGCCUCACUGUGGUAGAAAUUGCACACCUAUAGAACAUGACAAGACAUAAAUUGUGAUUUUUUUUUUUUAAUGGACAAAGAGAUUUCCAGUGUAGUAAUCUCAGAGUUUUUUUCUGGGACGUUACCAGAACCAAAGUCCCCCAAGAGCAUGGCCAUAUCCCUGAUUUCAGGCAUAAAACCAUAUUAUAGAACUCUACCAGUUAAUGGAUAUAGAGUGUAAUUGAGAGCAUGCUGGUGCAUUAUUAUAGGUUGUGUAAUAAAAACUUGAGGCUUUUGCACUGCACAUAUUAUUUGAUGUAUGAAUAUAUUGCAGAUGCUCAUUUCCAUGACAAUUUCCUUGUUAUGUCGUAAACAUUCCAUAGCUCUCAACAAAUUUACAAAAUUGUUCUUGUGUGUUAUAUCUCAUGAUAAAAAAAAAAGUUUGUUCAUAUCACCUAGAAA